CUUCAUGACCAGUCUCCUGCUGUCGGUGUCUCCGCAACCAGCGCCUCCUCCUUCCGCGUCCCCAAUGUCAGCCCUAUAUCACGCACUGCCACCGCCUUCGAUGCUGGGAAUGACCUUCACGAAUUCUCCCCACAGAAGUCAGCUACCUCUCCCCGCCAUGGACAGUCUCCCCUCACCGGGUGGCGAGGACACCCGGCUGUCU